GCCGCGACCAGCGACCAAUCAGCGGGGCCGGGGGCGUGGGGAGCGCAGCCCGAUGUUACUUCCGUCAAUAGCCCCACGGCCCAGGCCUAGCGCGCGUGGUGGUGCGGGGCCGUCAGCUUGCACAUGAAAUCUCUACUUAAGAUAAGGAGCAACAUGUAUAUAACAAAUGGGAAAAAGAGGAUAAGAGAGAAACCAUGCCGUUUUUGGGCCAAGACUGGAGAUCCCCUGGAUGGAGAUGGGUCAAAACAGCAGAUGGAUGGAAGCGAUCAGAACCCUUCAGUCCUGCACUUGAUGGGAAUAGUCAGCAUAGUGACAUCAGUCACACUGUCAUCUUAACUGAUGAUGAUGAUGAAGAAAUAUACAGUACCGAACACUGUGAAUUUGCGACUAAGAAAAGGAAAAAAGAUCACUGUAGGAGUAACACAGAUUCACAAUGCUUUUAUCGUGAAAAAUGGAUUUAUGUUCAUAAGGAAAGCACCAGAGAAAGACAUGGCUAUUGCACUUUGGGAGAAGCUUUUAAUCGCUUAGAUUUUUCAAGUGCAGUUCAGGACAUCAGAAGGUUCAAUUACGUGGUCAAACUUUUGCAGUUAAUUGCAAAAUCCCAGUUAACUUCACUAAGUGGUGCAGCACAGAAGAACUACUUUAACAUUUUGGACAAAAUUGUACGGAAGGUCCUGGAAGACCAAUAUAAUCCACGAUUAAUCAAAGAUCUUCUACAGGAUCUGAGCUCUACUCUCUGUAUACUGAUUAGGGGAGUAGGAAAAUCUGUCCUGGUAGGGAACAUCAAUAUUUGGAUUUGCCGAUUAGAAACUAUCCUUGUGUGGCAACAACAGCUGAAAAACCUUCAGAUGAACAAGCAAGUCAACAAUGGCCUUACGCUUAGCGAUCUACCUCUGCAUAUGCUGAAUAACAUCUUAUACAGGUUCUCUGAUGGCUGGGACAUUAUUACUUUAGGUCAAGUGACCCCAACUUUAUAUAUGCUCAGUGAAGACAGACAGUUGUGGAAGAAACUCUGCCAGUACCAUUUUGCAGAAAAACAGUUUUGUAGGCAUUUGAUUCUAUCAGAAAAAGGUCACAUUGACUGGAAGCUGAUGUACUUUGCACUUCAGAAAUAUUAUCCAAUAAAGGAACAGUAUGGGGACACUUUGCAUUUCUGUCGACACUGUAGUAUUCUGUUUUGGAAGGACUACCAUCUUGCUUUGUUACUCAAGGACACAGGACACCCCUGCACAGCCAGUGAUCCAAACACCUGUCUCAUGCCAGUGUCUCCUCAGCAUUUCAUUGAUCUCUUCAAAUUUUGAGAUGUUCAGUAGCUGUUUUCCUGUGUUUGUGGCUGUUUUUGUGAAGAGUCAGGCAAGAUACAUUAUGCUUUUUGUGCAAUAUAUUCUUAAAUGUUAUGUUCUGUGGUUUAAAAGAAGUUAUGUUGGAAUAUUAUUGGACAGACUUAUUCUGUGUGUUUUUUUUGUGCAGAAAAGAGCUGAGGAGAGGGAGACGUACUAAAGAAGCAAAACAAAAUAUUGCUAGGAAAUCUGCAGUGGAUGACUUUUGAGUCCAAGAAAGACAGUUUUAAUCUCAACUUGAAAUCCAUUCUUUCACUGCUUUAAUAGUGGGUUAAAACUCUGUGGAAGAGUUAAGCUAUUCUUACAGGGACCAAAGGAAUUUUCUGUUAAUCCUUUCUUCUUUCUUUAAGCCACUGUUUUCAGAGCACUUCUAUAUAAUUUGCACCAUUAUGAUGACUAGGCUGGUAUUGUCUUGGACUCAUAAUGUCUCAAUUACCAAGGUGGCACUAAUCAUUGUGAGCUAGUGAAUGAAAUAUAGCUGUGGUUAUCUGUUGUUGAACCUAUAAAUGAAGGAAGUCAAUCAAUAUUUGUACAUACAUUAUGCAAAAAUAUUUAUUUUUUCUUAAAAGGACUUUAUUAAACAACAUAUAACCUAUCUCAGCACAUCCUAUAUAACCCAAGGGACAGAUCUGGGGCUGCUGCAAAAUGAUGGAUUUUUCUGACAGUAGCCAAGCCUUCAUUUAUACUCUGUUUAGUGUUGAACUAAUGCAGUUGAAACUGUAGACAUCUCCUAAAAAGGAGACAUUACUGAAAUUUAAUGAAAAUGAGUUACUUUUUUCUAAGCUGGUACAGUGGCAUUACAUUAUACUACCAACUGAGGUUCUAACCUGACAAGUCUUUAUGAGCUAUGGGAAACCCUGAAAGUCGGUCUGAGCUGAAGUGCCCUGAGCUGGGUAAUCAGAUAAUAAAUUCUCCAGGAAGCUAUUUUCUAUCCUGUAAAAUGAAAGUAAUUGCUAGGCUUAGGCAGGUAUAGGAAAAAUUUGUGAAGUUUGGAUUUUGUCAAUGAAGCUUAAUAUUGUAAUGUACAGAAAAAAUAAAUGUACUAUAUUCUGCA